UAAAAUCAAAAAUCAGUUUGUUAAAAAAAAUUCUACCAAUUGAAAUAUAAUAAGUGGUAUACAUAUGCCAAUUGAAUUUCCAAGUACUUUUCGCGCAUUGAAAAGAUCCGGAUUUUCCGUUCCAAAACCUUCACUUUAUGCGCCGCCCGUCUCUAUUUUCAGCAGGAGAGGGAGUAUAUAAAAGACUAGUUCUUGCCGCAAAACUUCAUUAAACCAUGAAUUUGAACCAAAGUUGUUCACUGAAAAAGUUUCAAUUAUCUACAGUAAUACGUGUGUCUUUCAUCGCUUCGUCCCUAUUGAUUUCGUUAUGUCUGUUUUUGAUUAUGAUGACGUCACGGGAAAUCUCCGAGUUCCGGGAGCAGACUCUGGAUGAUUUAAAAGAAUGGAAGUACUUCUCCGACGCCGCGUGGAAUGAAAUGACGUCACUGACAAUUCGAAAAGCCAGAAGUCCAUCAACGACAGGAAACUCUGGAAAUGCCGGAAAACGAUUCUGGGCAAAACGAUCUUAUGAUAGUUAUGCUCCGCAGCAAGUGAAUUCGUAUGCAAGAGUGAAUAGUUAUGCGACUGCACCCGUUUUACAGCAUCCAACACAACAGCAAUGCAAUUGUGCCCCACAAGCCAACAAUUGUCCACCAGGACCACAAGGCCCCACUGGUUACCCUGGAGCUCCUGGAGAACCGGGCUCUCGGGGUCUCGAUGGACGUCCAGGAGCCAAUGGUGUAACCCUUAUAGCUUACGAUCAAGAGAUUCCAGGUUGCAUACAAUGUCCCCAGGGUCCACAAGGUCCUCCUGGUGCCGUUGGGCCUUGUGGACCUUCUGGAAUUCCCGGGCUCCCAGGGAAUCCCGGAUACACCUCUCCUCCAGGACUUCCUGGGCCACCGGGGCCUUGUGGUGAAGCUGGACGGGAAGGUCCCAAUGGUACACCAGGCCUUAAGGGAGAGCCUGGAAAUAACUCGAUCCGUCAGAUAUCCCUACCAGGCCGUAAAGGCCCUCCAGGACUUCCUGGUCAAUGCGGACCACCAGGGCCACCUGGAUAUACACCGCCUCCAGGACCACCAGGAACACCUGGAGUUCAGGGAGAAGCUGGACAGGAUGGAGAACCAGGGGUACCUGGAGUUACUGGCUAUCCAGGAGUUCGUGGGCCACCGGGGCAGGAUGCUGAAUAUUGUCCGUGUCCACCAAAGAACGCAGGAGUCAAUCGGAAUAGUUAUGUGCAGCCGGCACCAGUGUCCACAAGCUACGCCACAGCAUCCCAAAGCCGUUACGUGUCAGAGUACAAUAAAGAGGAUGAGUACAGGAAACGAGUGCUGGCUCGAGUGCUCAAGAAGCAGAGACGACUACUUUUGGCGACAAGAGCAAAGAAUGUUCGCCGGAAGCCUGUUAGUCACGCUAGUCCGUAAUUAUUUUUAUUUUUGUGAAAUAAAUUUGUAUAAACUUUUUCAC